AUGAAGUGUUCCACAAAUCUUCCACAAGCGGCCUUUUUUUCCGCUGAGGAGAAAGUGCAGUUGAUAGGUGGUAAUUGCCCACGGCAUAUUACUAAAGAAAGACUCAAAGAAUGGUUGUCAUUCCGCAAAGGGACGGCUAAAGAUGGUAGUGCACGGUCUGAAGCAACGAAGGCUGAGUUAUCUCAAAGGUACACAGAUUGCAAUAUUUUUUGUCCCUUGUAAUUAUUGCCAUUGCUUGAAGGGAAUAUCGAAGCAUAAGUUCUAUAUCGAUUUGUUUUACCUACCGCAGGGUCAUCAGUUAUAUAAAAAAUGGUUGGGAGAAUAAUUUUACUGAGAAGUGGCAACACUUGGCGGCAAGUAAACCACUGGAGCAAACGGCGACCGUAAAUUGUGAUUUCCCUGGAUCUGCACAAUGGGUUUCGCUGGUUGACGCGAAGGACAAUGUCCCUUCAUUUAAUAUUCAGAAUAUCGUGUCUUACUUUAUUGAAAGAAAAGCUAAAGACAAUGAAUCCAACAAAGAUUUCAAGAAUGUCAGCAGCAAAGCUUUCGGUUUGUUUCGACAUGGUCAUAUCCAAAAACUGGAAAUCGCACGGGACGACGACGACGACGACAAGGUACACUUCCGAUGUGAUUGCUUACCUGAAAUGAAGAAAAACUUGAAGUAUAACAUAAAACUGUCACUGUGUAAUAACGGUGAACAGGAAGGUAAAAUCACGUUUGCUAGCUGUGCUUGCCCAGCUGGUAAAGGUCCAUGUGGCUCUUGUAAACACAUAGCCGCUCUUUGUUAUGCUCUUGAAGAAUUUGUGAGACUUAAGUGCACAUGGGAAUUUGCAACAUGUACCUCAAGACUGCAAACUUGGAACCAGCCGAGAAAGAGGAAGCGUGACUCUCAGUCCGUUUAUGAAAUUGAUUCCUCAAAAAAAAUUUAUAGAAGAGAAGAAAGGAACAAUGCUAAGCCUUUGAAUGAUCCAAGACGUCCAUCUGAAAGGAACAAUGAUCCGAAAAAUGUCAACAGAGAACUGCUUGAUAAAAUAAAAAGAGUGAAACCAAAUUGUGGUUUCUUUUGUCUACUGUCAGAUGAGAAACUUGACCAAAGUAAAAAUGACAUCAUUUCUCCAAUUAAAGAGCACCCAGUCUCACUCACUGAUAUUUUUGACCGGGCAAAAAGAAUUAAGAGAAAUCUCAUGGUUAGUGAUCAAGAGAGACAGAACAUUGCACUUGCCACAAAAGCUCAAAGUAACUGUCAGGCAUGGUUUGAACACGGACGUGUUCGUAUUACAGCCUCUCAGAGCAAACGAGCAUUAAUAAAGCCUUCUACAAGCCCAACAAAAGCAAUGAAGGAAAUUGUACACUAUAACAAUCAAUACCAAAGUAAUAAAAUGAAACAGGGACUGAAAGAUGAAAAGAAGAUCAUAUUGGAGUAUGAAAACAAACUGGAUUGCAAAGUCAGUGAAACAGGUUUUGUUAUAUCUCGGAGUCAUCCUUUCCUUGGGGCUUCUCCAGAUUGGGAGGUAGAUGGGGGACUAGUGGAGAUGAAAAGAAUAUUCACAGAUGGCCUAUCUCUAAAGGAGGCAGUGUGUAAACGUUGUAUAUGUAGAGACACCUGUCAUGGGUUGGUGAUUAACAGGAAUCAUAAGUUCUAUUACCAAGUCCAGCAGCUGAUGCUUUGCACCAAAUCAUCCUGGACUGAUCUGGUACUCUCUGACACUGUUAAUUUAAUUAUUUUUCAUGUGAGGAAGGAUAAGAAAUUCCUCUCUGACAUAGUCCCAAAACUGGAAAAGUUUUAUGACAACCACAUCUCUUUGGAACUAGCAUACCCAAGAGUUUAUUAUGGACUUACUGGAUUGUGUAAACUAAUUAACUGA